AUGUUAACAGUUGUCUGUGUGGAUGAUAAUUGUAAGUGGAUGCUACGUGCUUCUACUGUCAAGCAAUCUGCAAUCUUCAUGAUCCGUAAGUUCGUUGCAGUUCACACAUGUUCCCUUGAUUUUCGUCGUAAUGCACAUUGGCAUGCCACUAGUGCUGUAAUUGCGGAGCACAUUUUGGGAAAAUUGGAUACUCCAUACCGAUCAUAUCCGCCUACUCAUAUUGCACGUGAUAUGGAACAUGAGUUUGGUGUGAAAAUCAGUUAUAGCAAAGCACGUAGGGGGAAGCUCCAUACCUUAAAUAUGCUACAUGCUUUUGGUGCAAGCAUUCAUGGAUACAUGCAGUACUUGAGACCCGUUAUUUGUGUUGAUGGUAGUCACUUGAAAUGUCCAUACAAAGGUACACUCCUAGUGGCAACUGCCCAAAAUGGUAACAAACAGAUUUAUCCAUUGGCAUGGGGGAUCGUGGAUACUGAAACCAAUAAAUCGUGGAAGUGGUUUUUGUCGAACUUGAAAGACCUUAUAGGGGAUUCCGAAGAACUCGUGUUCGUUUCAGACAGGAAAAGUGGAUACAUGCAGUACUUGAGACCCGUUAUUUGUGUUGAUGGUAGUCACUUGAAAUGUCCAUACAAAGGUACACUCCUAGUGGCAACUGCCCAAAAUGGUAACAAACAGAUUUAUCCAUUGGCAUGGGGGAUCGUGGAUACUGAAACCAAUAAAUCGUGGAAGUGGUUUUUGUCGAACUUGAAAGACCUUAUAGGGGAUUCCGAAGAACUCGUGUUCGUUUCAGACAGGAAAAAGAGUAUUCAGAAAGCUAUUUCUCAGUUAUUUUCAUCGUCUCGGCAUGGUUGUUGUAUAUGA